UGCGCGCAGGACGCGGUUGCGCAUGUUACUACCGGGCUUGGUGUAAAUUCAAACUUUGUUUUACCGCUAAAAUGAUCAAACUUGCAAUGUUUUCAACGUAACAACAAUUUAUAAACAAAAUGAAGUGUCAGUUCUUACAUUUAGUUCCGUGAGUGUUGAUUAUUAAGUGAUUUAACGACAGAAGGAGUAAAACAAAUGUGUGUGAUCCAUGUGUGAAUGUUGUGCUUCAUAAUGUGGUCGAGAAACUUUACACCGGAUUAUGGGAUUAAGUUGUUGUCUAUAGGUGUGCUGCUGUCGAGCCUGGCGGCCAAAAUCCAAGGAGUCGAAGGAUUCGUAUCGUGUUCACCGUCGCCGUGUAAAAAUAGUGGCACAUGUCUGUCCACACCUAGAGGAGAAUAUUUUUGCAAUUGUACGUCACGUUACGCCGGCGAGUUCUGUCAACAUUUGAACCCCUGCCACAGCGAGUCUAGUCCCAGGUGUCAAAACGGCGGCACCUGCAGGGUCCGGCCAGGGGUCGGCGGCGGCCCUCCGUCAUUUGCCUGCGACUGUCCCCUCGGAUUUAGUGCAUCGCUGUGUGAGAUACGGGUGCCAGCCGCAUGCGAUUCGGCACCAUGUUUAAAUGGAGCCACCUGUCGGUUGACGUCACUACACACUUUUGAAUGCGACUGUCCUCCAGGGUAUACAGGUGCCGAAUGUUCACACGAAGACCACUGCGCUUCCCAACCGUGUAGAAAUGGAGGCCGUUGCGUUGCGGACAAUACAACGACCGCUGGAUACUCGUGCGCGUGUCCACCCGGCUUCACCGGCCCUCGAUGUAUCGACGAUGUGGUGGAAUGCUCAAGUGGUUCUGGACCUUGUCAUCACGGGAGAUGCUUUAAUACCCACGGGUCGUAUACUUGUGUGUGCGAGCCAGGGUUCACGGGCCGGGAUUGUGAUGCGGAGUACGUGCCUUGUGAACCAUCACCAUGUUUGCAUGGUGGAAGAUGUACGCCCUUGGAUCAGCUGAGAUACGAAUGUGAUUGUCCACCUGGUUUCCGUGGUCAGAACUGCGAGAUAGACAUCGACGACUGUCCCGGCAACUUGUGUCAGAACGGUGCGACAUGUAUUGACGGCCUCAACUCCUACACGUGCGAGUGUCCCCCCACUUUCACCGGCACCCUCUGCGAGACUGACGUCGAUGAAUGUGCUUUAAGACCCUUGGUGUGUCAGAACGGCGCGACAUGUACCAACUCGGUAGGUGGAUUCUCUUGCAUCUGUGUCAACGGAUGGACAGGACCUGAAUGCUCUGUGAACAUCGACGAUUGCGCUGGUGCUGCGUGCUUCAAUGGUGCAACUUGUAUAGACAGAGUUGGUGCUUUUUACUGCAAAUGUACUCCGGGAAAGACGGGUCUCCUCUGUCAUCUGGACGACGCGUGCACUUCCAACCCUUGCCAUGCUGACGCCAUCUGCGACACGAGUCCUAUCAACGGUUCCUAUACUUGCUCCUGCGCAUCCGGCUACAAGGGUCUCGAUUGCUCGGAAGACAUCAAUGAAUGUGAACAAGGUUCUCCAUGCGAACAUGAUGGCACUUGUGUUAACACACCGGGAUCCUUCGCAUGUAACUGCUCUGUUGGAUUCACGGGGCCGCGGUGUGAGACCAACGUCAACGAGUGCGAGAGUCAUCCCUGCAGGAAUGAUGGCUCCUGUCUUGAUGACCCGGGUACCUUCCGCUGCGUCUGCAUGCCUGGUUUUACUGGAACGCAGUGCGAGGUUGAGAUCGACGAGUGCGCGAAUAACCCUUGCCUCAAUGGGGGCGUUUGCCACGACAUGAUCAAUGCUUUCCGCUGCACUUGUGUCAUCGGUUUCACAGGCGCGCGUUGUCAGGUUAACAUCGACGACUGCGCCUCCAGUCCUUGUCGUAACGGCGGAACUUGCCACGACUCCAUCGCCGGCUACACAUGCGAGUGUCCUCCAGGAUAUACUGGUAUGUCAUGCGAGACCAACAUCAACGACUGCCUGUCAGCGCCAUGCCACCGCGGAGAGUGCAUCGACGGUGAUAACAGCUUCACCUGCAACUGCCACCCAGGGUACACCGGCAGAGUGUGUCAGACGCAGAUCAACGAGUGCGAGUCAAACCCCUGCCAGUUCGGAGGUCACUGCGAGGAUCUAAUAGACGGGUACCAGUGCCGCUGCAAGCCGGGCACCUCGGGCCGCAACUGUGAGAUCAAUGUGAACGAGUGCUACUCCAACCCCUGCAGAAACGGAGCCACCUGCAUUGACGGCAUCAACAGAUACACGUGCGAGUGCAUCCCCGGCUUCACUGGCCAGCACUGCGAGACCAACAUCAACGAAUGUUUGUCCAACCCCUGCGCCAACGGCGGCAAGUGCAUCGACCGCAUCAACGGCUUCCGCUGCGAGUGCCCCAGGGGGUACUACGACGCUAGAUGUUUGUCAGACGUCAACGAAUGCGCUUCAAACCCUUGCAUCAACGGUGGGACUUGUGAAGAUGGUGUCAACCAAUUCAUCUGUCAUUGUUUACCAGGAUAUGGAGGUCAACGUUGCGAACGUGAUAUAGACGAGUGCAGUUCGAAUCCCUGUCAGCACGGCGGGACAUGCCAUGAUCGUCUUAAUGCAUACAAAUGUGACUGCGUACUCGGAUUUACUGGUGUGAACUGCGAGACGAACAUCGACGACUGCGCGGGCAACCCGUGCCUACACGGCGGCUCCUGCAUCGACCUGGUGAACGGGUACCGGUGCGUGUGCGCGCCGCCGCACUCCGGCCGCAACUGCGAGAAUACGCUCGAUCCCUGCCUGCCCAACCAAUGUCGUCACGGCGGUCGGUGCGUGGCGGAGGCCUCAUACGCGGAGUUCACAUGUGCGUGCGGCGCGGGGUGGGCGGGCGCGCUGUGCGAGCGCGACGUGGACGAGUGCGCGGCCUCAGCGCCGUGUCACAACGCAGCCACGUGCGUCAACACCGCCGGGUCAUACGCCUGUCUCUGUGCUAGAGGAUACGAGGGCAGAGACUGCGCUAUCAACACUGACGACUGCGCUUCUUUCCCGUGUCAGAACGGCGCGACGUGUCUGGACAGUAUCGGUGACUACAACUGCGUGUGCGCAAGCGGAUUCGCCGGCAAACAUUGUGAAGUUGAUAUAGACGAGUGCCAGUCCCGGCCCUGUAUGAACGGAGCCACUUGCAAUCAGUACGUUGCGUCGUACACGUGCACGUGCCCGCUGGGCUUCUCCGGCACGGACUGUCAGACCAAUGACGAGGAUUGCACAGACUCCAGCUGCAUGAACGGCGGCACCUGUCUCGACGGCAUCAACUCUUACAACUGCUCCUGUCCACCGGGGUAUACGGGUUCGAACUGCCAGUUCCGUAUCAACAUGUGCGACAGCUCGCCGUGCAGCAAUGGUGCCACCUGCCAUGAUCAUGUCACUUUCUACACCUGCCAUUGUCCAUACGGGUACACAGGCAAACACUGCGAGGCCUUCGUCGACUGGUGUGAGAACAUGCCGUGUGAGAACGGCGCGACGUGCUCGCAGAAGGGCCCGCAGUACGCGUGCGCGUGCGCACCCGGCUGGUCCGGCAAGCUGUGCGACGUCGAGAUGGUCUCCUGCAAUGAUGCUGCGCUCCGGAAAGGUGUGAAAAUGAAGCAGCUCUGCAACAACGGCACCUGCGAGGACAUCGGCAACUCGCACCGCUGCCACUGCCUCGAGGGCUACUCCGGCUCCUACUGCCAGCAGGAGAUCAACGAGUGCGACUCCGCGCCCUGCCAGAACGGCGCCCAGUGCAGGGAUCUCGUCGGCACGUACCAGUGCCAGUGCGCCAAGGGCUUCCAGGGCCAGAACUGUGAGCUCAACGUGAACGACUGCUUGCCCAACCCCUGCCAGAACGGCGGCACCUGCCACGACCUCGUCGACAACUUCUCCUGCUCCUGCCCCUUCGGCACCCUCGGCAAGAUCUGCGAGAUCAACGUGAACGACUGCAAGCAGGACGCCUGCCACAACAACGGCACCUGCAUCGACAAGGUGGGCGGCUUCGAGUGCAAGUGCCCGCCCGGCUUCGUGGGGCCGCGCUGCGAGGGCGACAUCAACGAGUGCCUCUCCGACCCCUGCUCCGACCCCGGCACCCAGGACUGCGUGCAGCUCGUCAACGACUAUCACUGCAACUGCAAGCCCGGCUACAUGGGCCGCCACUGCGAUGCCAAGGUCAACUUCUGUGCCAACUCGCCCUGCCAGAACGGCGGCAUCUGCACCGCCGUCCAGGGCGGUCACGAGUGCCUCUGCGGCGACGGCUUCUAUGGCAAGAACUGCGAGUACUCCGGCUACGUCUGCGACCCCAACCCCUGUCAGAACGGCGGCUACUGUCGCCCCUCCGAGAUCUCGGACUACGUUUGCGACUGCCCCUCCGGCCUCUCCGGCGUCAACUGCGAGCUCGACUCCAUGAACGAGUGCCUCAGCAACCCCUGCAAGCACCCGGAGGCGCGCUGCAUAGACAAGCCCGGUAGCUUUCUGUGCUACUGCCCGCGACAGUGGACCGGCAAGGUCUGCGAGAUCCACGACCCCCACUCCCGCGGCGGCUACGGCAGCCCCAUUUCCGGGGUCUACAGCAAGAACCCGAGUCUGACCUUCCAGGAGUUGGACCUGGCGUUCCAGCGGGAGCAGUGCGUCAAGUUGGGCUGCAAGGAGAAGCAGGGCGACCACCGCUGCGACGAGGAGUGCAACACGUACGCGUGCGAGUUCGACGGCAACGACUGCUCGCUGGGGCUCAACCCCUGGGCGAACUGCACCGCGCCCAUCAAGUGCUGGGAGGUGUUCAUGAACGGCGAGUGCAACGAGGUGUGCAACACGCAGGCCUGCCUGUUUGACGGCCGCGACUGUCAGAAGUCUCUACAGCGCUGCAACCCCGUGUACGACGCCUACUGCCAGAAGCACUAUGCCAACGGGCACUGUGACUACGGCUGCAACAACGCCGAGUGCAACUGGGACGGCCUCGACUGCGAGAACGAGCCGCCCGACCUCGCCGAGGGCGUCAUGUCCGUCAUCCUGCUCAUGGACGUGCGCACCUUCAAGGAGAACUCCGUUGCCUUUCUGCGGGACCUCGGCCACCAGCUGCGGACCACCGUCGUCAUAAAGAAGGACCACCUCGGCAACGACAUGGUGUACCCGUGGAAGGGAUCGACUGACGUGGGACUGCAGGACACGGAGUUCGGCAAGAAACAUCAGAUCGCCUUCACGGAGAGGGGGCAGUCGGGCGUGCAGGUGUACCUCGAACUGGACAACAGAAAGUGUUCCUCCAUGUCCGGGUCCGAGUGCUUCUUCUCGGCGCAGGACGCCGCCGACUUCCUGGCCGCGACCGCCUCCAAGCACUCGCUCUCCCCCGACUUUCCGAUAUUUCAAGUCAAAGGGGUCACGAGACCCGAUGGCCCCAUAGACUUGCCCACCAACUCGAAGUAUGUGUUCAUCGGAGUGAUCCUCGUCCUGCUCGCGGGUCUGCUCAUCGGCGUGCUGGUGACGGCGCAGCGGAAACGCGCCGCGGGCAUCACGUGGUUCCCCGAGGGCUUCAUCCGCAACAAUUCGUCGACGCGGCGACGAACGCGACGGCGCGGCCCCGACGGACAGGAGAUGAGGAACCUGAACAAGGCCUCCAUCGGCUGCAUCGAUGUGGACAUAAACGGCGGUCACAUGGGCCCGCCGCACUGGUCGGACGAGGACGACGACGGCUCCGCGCCGCCGCGGGCGAAGCGGGCGCGCGGGCCCGGGGACGCCAACGGCGCGCCGGGAGGUUACGCGUCCGAUCACACCGCCAUAACCGACUACGAGGAGGCGGGACACGAACCCAGAGUAUGGACCCAGCAGCACCUGGACGCGGCGGACAUCAGGGUGCCGCCCAGUAUGAUGACUCCACCGGCAAUUCACGACGGGCACGUGGAUGUGAACGCGCGCGGGCCGCUGGGCAUGACUCCGCUGAUGGUGGCGGCCAUCCGCGGCGGCGCGCUGGACGCCGGCUCCGACGCUGAAGACGAGCAGACUGCGCACAUGGUAGAGGACCUAAUCAACGCGGACGCGGACAUCAACGCGGCGGACAACAGCGGCAAGACUGCGCUGCACUGGGCCGCCGCAGUCAACAAUGUGGACGCAGUCAACGUGCUCCUCGUGCACGGCGCCAACAGAGACGCACAGGAUGACAAGGACGAGACGCCGCUGUUCCUGGGCGCGCGCGAGGGCUCGUACGGAGCGUGCCGCGCGCUGCUGGACGCGCUGGCUAACCGCGAGAUCACCGACCACAUGGACCGGCUGCCGCGAGAUGUGGCGCAGGAGCGCAUGCAUGAUGACAUCGUGCGUCUGCUGGACGACCACUGCCCGCGACCCCAGCACCAUCAUCUACUGCCAUCUCCCAACCCUCACCCGCAGCUGAUCAGCCAGCCGACAGUGAUAGCGGGCGCGGGCGGGAAGGGCAAGCCGAAGAAAGCUCGCGCCAAGCCCGGACCUGACAGCCCUCAGGACCAGCCCUACGACAACAACAACAUGCAUCUCGCGCAGAUUCGACGGAAACCAAGUGUAAAAAAGAACAACAAGAAGGUGGCGCAGGAAGUGCCGCAGAGUGUGGAGAGCCUCGGCUCCAGCCUCAGCCCAGUCGAAUCGCCGCUGCAAAAUUUACAGGACUUGCCGUCGCCGUACGACGCGACGUCGCUGUACUCGAACGCUAUGGCGCAGUUCCCCGGCAUGGAGCAGCUGGUGCAGCACAAGCAGCCGCCCAGCUAUGAAGACUGCGUCAAGACGGGUCAGACGCUGCAGUACGGCGGCGGCGCGCUGGGCGCUUCGCUCUCCCCGCCCUACUCCAACCACUCCCCCACCCACAGCAACCACACCACCUCGCCCCACGCAUAUAUUGGGUCGCCGUCGCCGGGCAAAUCGCGGCCAUCGUUGCCGACAUCUCCAGCGCACAUGGCGGCGCUCCGUCACUCUCACCAACAUCAACACCAGCUUGAUGCCGCUACGUAUUCAGCACUCGCACAUCUUAGUGCGAACGGGCAGCACAACGCGCAGCUGCAGGCGGUGAUGACGCACGCGGCGGCGCUGGGCCAGGUGCAGGGACACCAUCCUGCGCUCACCAACAUGAUAUCUGGUAUAGGUCUGUACGGUAGCUGGGGUAUUGGCGAUACGUUCCCGACGCCGUCUCCGGAAUCGCCAGACCAGUGGUCAUCGCCAUCGCCGCAAACGCCGCUAACACAAUCGCCACAUUCUGAUUGGUCGGAUCGCGCCGCGCUAUCGCCAAACGAUAUGCAACAGACCAACAAAGGAGCCACUGAAGCCAUUUAUAUAUAAAUACAACAUAACUGUAAGGUUAUGCCAUUUUUGACCUUGUGUUAAUAACCAUAAGAUUGAUAUUCAUUUUGAUAUUACAUGUAGAACAAUCUUAAAAUGUUUUAAACAUUGUAAAACUUUUUUUUUGUUUUAAGCA